UUGAAGUAUUAUGUGAAUAAUCUCUAGCACGCAAAUUGUGCCAAUUUCCUUGUGCUCAGGAAGUACCUAGCCUUCGCAUGAUUCAUAAAAUGCAUCUCUUAUUCUCUAGUGGUUUCCAAAUUCAUUAUGUGACUUCAUUUCCAAACUCUUGUUCUUUAGUAAGUUAAUAGAGGUUUCAAGAUUACUCUUCUUAGCCCCUAAUUCUUGAGUUUUUGAAGAAGAUUAUUCUUUAUAAAUUUUGGUCAAUGAGCUUUAGCUGUAAGAAUCUAGCUAAAGUGCAUUUAUUUGUUUGCCUAAAUCUUGGUUGUUUGAAACAGUAAUUACUGAUUUAAGAUAUAAAAGAUAACGAGAGUGUCUAGAGAUCAGCUCAUAGAAAGCUAUACGAAAUUUAGAUUACAACACUUGGUUAAGAAAGAUAGUUUAGAUUAUAUCAGUUCAGGAAUACAGUUUCUGGAGUGUUAAAGUAGGUCUUAGGGUGCAAAAGUAUUCUUGUUGUAGAUUUGGCAGCUCUGGUGGAAUUGGAGACCUCAAAAAGAAACCGUUAGUGCUGUUACUAUUAAACUCUAAACUACGAUGAAUAUUCUUUAUGUCAACAAAGUUGGGGGUGUAGUAAAUAUGUUCCGCAAUCCAAUAAAAUAUAAAUUUAUGCACAACCCUGGGCAGAAAUAUUAAAAUACGUCUAUAAAUGCAGAAGAAAUAGAAUAGAAGUUUAAACGCUUUUUCCUCCCCAAAAACUAUAUAUGAACUCAUUCUUUCCUCUCUUAUUUACCUAUGUAGAUCCCCAGAUGAUUCAGAUUUUCAUUAAUGACAGUAUAGCAUCUAUCUUAAGGAAAUAGCUACUUGAAGGAAGUAAAAUAGUGAGGAUGUUUCCUGUUGUCUACAAAAAUUUUUUACAACGAUCUCUUUCUUGAUUCAAUAUUUCCUUCACUAAUUUCUAUUGCCCUCUUAUUUACCUUCAAAAUUAUAAACAUUAUUUUAUUUUUAUUGGCCAAUAAGUUUAUGCAAUGAUAGACCCGAAAUUGGAACAAUGCUUGAUGAACAAGUAUCCUGUAGAACAUUUCUCUAUAAGUUUAAGCUUGCCUUUAACAUUUAUUUGUCUUGCUUUAGCAAAGCUAUGCUAAGUGAAGAAAGCAACGGAAGUUCAGAAUAUUGCUACCUUUACAAUUUAUCUUUUAUGCUUGACUCUAGAAGCCCUCCAACUAGUACUAUUGCUUACAAAAUAUGAUACUCCAAGGAUGCCUCAAAGAUUUCCAAUAAAUUGUCACUCGAGAGUAGUCCAAAUCUGGUCCUUAUUUAAGCACCAUUAAUCUUUUAUUAACUUCCUCUGUCAAAAUAUGGAAUGCAAUUCUUUGUUUAGUCUAAUACUUCUCUUCAAGGUCUUCUGUCCUCUUUUCCAUUUAUUUUUCUUCUCCAAUUUCUUAUUGUCCUCUUUGUACAUAUCCUGAGCUUUUCUAAUCUUAGGAGUCUUAUCAUGCUCUUGAAGUCUUUUCUUUCAAACUUCUUUAUUAACACAACAGUCUUUGCCUACUGCAAGUGUAUGUAUAUCUGAAGUAUCUUCUUCUUUCAUAAUCCUACAAAUUUAAUAUA